AUGUCCAGCAACCAACAGCGGAGCACCGCCCGAACCGAAAAGACCAGACGGGUGAUCACCACUGUCUUGCCCAUUGGAAAACCCAGCAACGCGGAAGCCCGUUGCCCGCUGCGGAGUUCCACUCGUCCCAAAAGCGGAGAGCCGCAACCGUUCCCGCUACCGCUCCGGACCGGCGACAACUUUCCCGUUCAUACCGGAACAGCAAUACUGUAG